AUAUUUGUUUGUUGUUUAAAACAAUAAAUUAUUAAUAUUUGAAUAUUUCUUUGAUAGAAACAUGGCAGGAAGCAGAUUAGAAAAACUCGGAACUAUAUUUUCAAGACUAUAUAAAUUUAAAAUAACUGGAUUUUUAUUAAUUAAUGUAAACUGUAUUAGAAUGACUGGUUUACUCCGUUCUGGAGCUCUUAAAAAGGAAGAUAAGCCAACUUGGUAUGAUAUUUAUAAAGCAUUUCCUCCUCUGAUCGAACCAAUUUUUAAAAGAGAGGUAUCUGAGAAGGAAAUUACUCAGAUUUUCUAUCCUGAAGAUGUUUACAGAGCGAAAUUUUACAGAAAAUAUGGUUCUGAUAUUAUUGACAUGGCUGAUACAUCACCAACACUGUCUGAACAAUAUGUACAGAUAUAUCAAGAACUGAAAAAGAAAGGAAAUGUAAAUAAUCUUGAGAAAGCUACAGAAGAAGCUCUCCUACAAAAGGGAAUCAGAUUGAGUAGAAAAGAGGAAGUGAAAAAGAAAUUUUCUUCCCAACCCUUCUUGCUUGGUGGUGACUAAUCCCUUUAGAACAAGAGAGGAAUGUGACUUUGAGGGCUGUGUGUGUGAACAAUGGGCAUUCUUUGCUGGGACUUCGACAAGAUAGGACGGAUGAAAAAUUACAAUAUAAUAUAAUUUUACAUUAUUUUUUAGUUUUUUUAGCAUAAUGAGCAAGAAAAGAGAAUGCUAGUUCAACGAUGAUCUAAGAAGUGAAUUUCUGUUUAUUAAGAAAACCAAAAGCGAUCACAUUGUAAAAUGUGAGAAAUGUAAUGGUAAAUUUUCUGUUUCACACGGUGGGAAGAAUGAUAUUUCAAAGCAUUUGGAGACACAGAAACAUAAAAGGUAUUUAAAUAUUGCUGAAUCUUCCUCAAAAAUAUAGGACUUUUUUCAAAAAACAAGUUAUGGAGACGAAGAAAAGCAAUUAGCAUUGGCAGGACUUGUCUUUUCAUGCUAUUAAUCACAAUCAUAGCUUCAGGUCAAUGGACUGUUCAUCACAAGUUAUCAAAAUGUUAUUUAACAAAAAAUUUGCCCGUGCUAGAAAAAAAUCUGAGGCAAUCGUGUGUAAUGUGCUUUCCCCAUAUGCAUUGUCAGAAUUUUAAAAAAAAUCUAGAAAAAACAAAUUUUAUUUCCAUAUAUUCUGGCACAUCUAAUCAUAAGGAUAGAAAAAUAUUUCCAACUGUUAUUAGAUUUUUUGAUUUGGCAACAGGAAUAAAAAUUAGAAUUUUAGAUUUUGUAUCAUUGCCCGGCAAAACUUCAGAAAUAAUUGUCAAUUCCAUUAUUAAUAUUUUGGAAAAAACAAUUUAAAACAUAAAAUGAUUGCAUAUUGCGCAGACAAUACAAAUGCAAAUUUUGGAGGAAAAGCGAGAAGAGAUACAAAUAAUCUAUACUAAUAUUAUAAAGAGGUAAUGUAUGUAUGUAUGUUAGUUUGUAUGCAGCAGGUAAUCUCCGAAACUACUCAUCCGAUUUCAAAA